CCCAAUACACCUCCAGUCAUGAAGUGGAUCACCCUUAUUUGUCUGUUAAUUAGCUCCUCGUUAAUUGAAUCAAGGAUUAUUUUAAAAAGAGAUGCAGAUCAAGACCAUCAAAAGCAUAUCGCUGAUGUGUUCAAUGAAUUGACCGAGCGGACCUUCAAAGGACUUACAUUGGCUAUUGUCUCACAGAAUCUCCAGAAAUGUUCAUUGGAGGAGCUUUCUAAACUGGUGAAUGAAAUUACUGACUUUGCCAAGAGCUGUACAGGAAAUGAUAAAACUCCAGAGUGUGACAAAAAAAUUGAUACCCUGUUUUAUGACAAACUCUGUGCAGAUCCAAAGGUGGGUGUUAACUAUGAGUGGACCAAAGAUUGCUGUUCUAAGCAAGAUCCAGAGAGAGGAGAGUGCUUCAGGGAGCACAGAGAUGUUGAACAUACUCCGGUAAAGACUUUAUCACCUGAGCAAACUUGCACGUUGUUCAAAGAACACCCUGAUGACCUUCUCUCAGUGUUCAUCCAUGAGGAGGCAAGACACCAUCCAGACCUUUAUCCUCCAGCAGUACUAUUAUUAACUAAGCAAUAUCAGAAAACUGUUGAACAUUGUUGUGAAGAAGAAGACAAGGAACAAUGCUUCAAAGAAAAGAUUAAGGAAAUUAUGAAACAAACUCAUUCCAUUCAAGAUACACAAAAACAUUUCUGCUGGAUUCUGGAUACUCAUAAAGAAAGAGCACUUAAAGCAAUAAAUUUGGCCAGAGUGAGCCAUAGAUAUCCUAAGUCUGACUUCAAGCUUGCCCAUACAUUUACUGAGGAGAUAACACAUUUUAUUAAGGAUUGUUGUCAUGGGGACAUGUUUGAAUGCAUGUCUGAGAGGAUGGAGCUUUCUAAGCACACCUGUGACCAUAAAGAUGAGUUAUCAUCCAAAUUAGGAAAAUGCUGUGAUCUACCAGUGCUGGAGCGUUCAUACUGCAUCGUCACCUUGGAAAAUGAUGAAGUUCCUGCUGAAUUAUCUAAACCAAUUACAGAAUUUACAGAGGACCCACACGUGUGUGAGAAGUAUGCUGAGAAUCAAGAGGUUUUCUUGGGCAGAUAUCUCCAUGCUGUGUCAAGAAAACACCAGGAAUUGUCUAAAGAAUUCCUUGUGCAAUCUGCAAAAGAAUAUGAAACUUUGCUUAACAAGUGCUGCAAAACAGACAAUCCUCCUGACUGCUACAAGGAUGCAGCUAACUUGUUCUUAAAUGAAGCCAAGGAGAGAUUUGCAUAUUUGAAACAAAACUGUGAUGCUCUGCAAGAACAUGGUGAAUACCUUUUUGAAAAUGACGCUCUUAUAAGGUACGCCAAGAAAAUGCCCACAGUAUCAAGUAAAGGUUUGAUUGGAUUAGCACACCAAAUGGCAGAUAUUGGUGAACACUGCUGUGCCCUACCAGAAAACCAGAGGUUGCCAUGUGCAGAAGGAGACCUUAGCAUACUCUUUGGAAAGCUGUGUGAAAAGCAAAAGAAGAAUUUUGCAAAUGAUGGAGUUGCUCACUGCUGCAGUGACUCGUAUUCUGGGAUGCGUUCAUGCUUUACUGCUCUUGGUCCGGAUACGAACUAUGUACCACCCCCAGUCACUGAUGACACAUUUCACUUCGAUGACAAGAUAUGCACUGCUAAUGAGAAAGAACAACAGCAUAUCAAACAGACAUUCCUUGUGAAACUGAUUCAAGUCAGUCCAAAAAUGGAGAAAAAUCACAUUGAUGAAUGUUCUGCUGAAUUCCUUAAGAUGGUUCAGAAAUGCUGUACUGCAGAUGAACACCAGGGGUGCUUUGAUACAGAGAAAAAACCACUGAUUGAACACUGUCAAAAACUCCAUCCAUAAGAGCAAAGGCCAGCCUUCAAACUGACCAAGGAAGAUCUUCCAUCUCUCAAACACAGAAAAAAGUUUUCUUCAGCUGAAAAUGAACAUUUGCUCAGAGCAUUCAUCUGUUUGUUGCAAUAAAUAAAGCGUUUAAAAAAAAUA